AUGGUCUCCUCCGAAUCACGCGGUUCACCUCCUCAGCGAACCGGCAGCAUUCCAGUCAUCACUUUCCAGGAAGAACCCAUGAGCACAAGUGGUGAUCGACCAUCACCCGUGAGCCAAGCCGGUGACAACACGCCAUUCACCACUGGUCAGAAGAAUAUCACUGUGCUUGCCACGUCGAAGCUGAUUAAUCAAGCCGUUCCCAAGCAGUCAACAACUGAAGGAUCCUCCAACAUGAGCGAAGCUUACCCCAUGGACAAGCUCCUAGCAAGGCUAUCGGAACAGCAAGCCGUGCUCAGCCAGCAGAACGAGGCACUCAAAUCUGGAGAUGACGAGGGAAACAUGUGCCAGCGACUCCCUGGACACACAUCCUCCAGUAACUCCCUGCCAAUCACACCAGCCACGGAUGGUUUCUCGUCUACCGCACCAAGCACCCGUCCAGCCAGUGCUACUCUUGAAGAAGCUCGUUCCGACUCUGAUGAAGUUCUUCGCCUAAAGCUUCAGCUAGCACAAGCCCAGAACAAAAUAUCCAAGUUAGAUCAGGAAUUGUCUAUCCGCACAAUCAAAGGUGAAUCGGAAAUGCAGGCUAUCAACGCAGCUCGAGGCAUGGACACAACCGCUCGUGACAGCGUCUGGAUGGCAACAGAUGAUGACCAUUCAGACACCAGUGAAGCCAUGUCUACUACUACCUUCACUCGUACCAAGGGCAUUUGGGGAACCACCAAAGGAUCAUUUGCUGGCAAUGUUCUUCAAGGCGCCGCAGCUGAGCCACAGCCAGGAACCUGGCUGGGAGGACGAGGGUUCAACCAAAGUUUCACCGACGGGAGCUCGUCCUACCAAGCGAUGGAAGGAUAUCGUGGAGAUCGCCUAAGCCCCGAUCCGGAUCUUGUCAUGCGUCAAUCCGCAACCAGACGACCCAACCGGUACGAUCAUCGAGCCAGUAACUCUCACCACUUUGCCAGUGUCGGUUACAACCCUGUGAAUGGACCAAUGGCCCAAUUUGAAGCAAUUGGGGGUCCAAUGGCUUCUGCAAAUAUGCAUCCGCCUCCUGGACUUGGCGCCAUGGGGAUGGGAGCUUAUGCUGGGUACCAGCAACAGCCCGUCGGUACCCCACUGUCUCCUCAUGCAUCCGAGUUUACAUCCAAGACUCACUGGAAGAACGAAGGACUUCCGACCGAGGGCCCGACCUAUUUGCCUCCAACUGAACCUCUCAACUAUCGUCGUCUUCUCGAUCGUAAUGUGACGUGCAAUUGGAAAUACAUAGUCGAUAAGAUUGUGUGCAAUAAUGAUCAACAAGCCUCCAUAUUCUUACAGCAAAAGCUAAAAGUUGGCACACCGGACCAGAAAUACGACAUUGUUGAAGCUAUUGUGGCCCAAGCUUAUCCUCUGAUGGUAAACAGAUUUGGCAAUUUCUUAGUUCAGAGAUGCUUUGAGCACGGAACCCCUGAGCAGGUGAUUAACAUUGCCCGGGCUAUCCGUGGCAAUACUCUCAACUUAUCCAUGGACCCCUUUGGAUGCCAUGUAGUCCAAAAGGCAUUCGAUUCGGUCCCCGAAGAGUACAAGGCAAUCAUGGUUCACGAGCUUCUCCGCCGCAUCCCUGAAACAGUUAUACAUCGAUAUGCUUGUCAUGUAUGGCAGAAACUCUUUGAGCUUCGAUGGACUGAAUCUCCACCUCAAAUUAUGAAAUACGUUAAUGAAGCUUUGCGCGGCAUGUGGCAUGAAGUAGCCCUGGGAGAAACUGGCAGCUUGGUUGUUCAAAAUAUCUUCGAGAAUUGUUUGGAGGAAGACAAGCGCCCCUGCAUUGAGGAAGUCCUCGCCAACAUCGAUAUUGUUGCGCAUGGACAAUUCGGAAACUGGUGUAUCCAACACAUCUGCGAACAUGGCGCACCGCCAGACCGUGGCAGGGCUGUUGAUCACGUCAUUCGUUACGCCGCUGAGUACAGCACUGAUCAAUUUGCUUCCAAGGUGGUAGAGAAGUGUUUGAAGAUUGGGAACAGCGAGUUCUUGGGUCGUUAUCUGGACCGGGUCUGUGAAGGCCGCUUGGACCGGACUCGAAUUCCGCUGAUUGACAUUGCGAGUGACCAGUAUGGCAAUUAUCUUGUGCAGUGGAUUCUUAACAAUGCUACACCUCAGCACCGCGAGAUGGUGGCGGCCCACAUUCGAAAGCAUAUGGUUUCUCUCCGGGGCUCCAAGUUUGGAUCCCGAGUUGGCAUGCUCUGCACCAACCACGCCGUCACUACGCGGCCUGGACCUGGAGUUGGGCCUGGUAUGGGUAGUCGUAUGGGUCCUGGACCACGAUUUGCAGGGGCAUAUCGUUAG